UUUGUUGCUUGGGGUUUCCCUAUCUGGGCGGACACGGUUUGUGGGCAAAACAAACAAGUCCCUUUUUUUCCUUUAGUUAUCAUUAAUUUACUCUAAGUAAAUAGAGAUAUGAUCUUUAAAUCGCAAAAAGGAACUAUUUGCUUGUUGAUUAACAACACAUUCCCGGAAUAUGUUUAUUUUUAGUAUUUGCAGCUAACCUUAGAUCGCCUAUGUGGGAAGCUCGUCACGUAACAACAGUAAGCCCGUAUUAACCACCUUACUUAAUAUCAUUAUUUCAUGUCAGUUUAACAGGUCAGCACUACGUUGGAGCUGCAACCUUUUGGUUAACAUUGCAUUACGACAUUAAAAUGACGUGUGCAGACAGAUCCAGCGCGGGUGUUGCAAUAGAGGUAAUAAUGUACAAUGUAGCAACGCUGCUUUGUUUUCAGGAAGUGGAGUCAUGAAUGGCCUAAAGCGCCAGUUGAAUACAUUUGCUAGCAAUAAGUCACCUCCUGUCAGACUUGUAUCUUUUUAAUCCCAAAAUGCCUGGAAUGGUGGUAUUUGCUCGUCGCUGGGGCAUCGCCAGUGAUGACCUCGUUUUCCCUGGCUCUUUCGAACUGUUGGUCCGUGUGGUCUGGUGGAUUGGCACCAUGAUCCUGUACACCUACCACAAAGGUCAAUUUGAUUGCAACGGCAAAGGUGUCCUUCACAUCUACCUGAUUGGACUGUUGGUGGUGCUGGCACUCAUCAUCCUGUCGCUAUGUGCCAUUGUAUAUGUCAGUGCUCAAGGUACCAUUACAAACCCUGGGGCACGGCGCUCCAUGCCUGCGUUGGUGUACCUGCGAGCUAUCUUGUACCUCCCUGAGCUUGUGUGGGCCUGUCUGGGAGCUGUUUGGGUGUCCGAUGAUGGCAAAGGCUGUGACCCAGCCACCGUGGGCGCUGUCAUCGCAGCUGUGGUUGCCAGUUGGAUCAUACUCCUCUUCACCGCUCUGGGCGUCGUCUUCGUCUUUGACCCGAUGGGCAAUCCCCGUCCGCCGCCUGCUGCCAUGGAGCCACUGGGGGUGCGACAUUUGGAGAGCAGCGGGGGAACUCAGUUCCUCUCCACAGCCCGCUCCAUCGCAGUGAAGGUGUGGGAGAGCAGGCUUCGACUGCUGUGUUGUUGCUUGCCGCAGGACGAAAGCCACAGAGCGGCCUUUUCCAGCAUUUCACAGCUCGUCAGUGGAUUCUUCUCAGACACAGACCUGGUUCCCAGUGACAUUGCCGCCGGUUUGGCUCUGCUGCAUCAGGAACAGGACAAGAUGGAGCGGAGCAGGGACCCUGAUGUCACUGUGGCUCACAGUCCAUCCUCUCCCAUUGGAGAAGAUUUGGAGGCAGAGUUGGAGAAAGCCGCCCACUGUAUGCAGUUUGCUGCUGCAGCCUAUGGUUGGCCUUUGUACAUUUACUCCAACCUUCUUACUGGGCCCUGCAAACUCAGCGGAGACUGCUGUAAGAGUCGUGCAGCUGAGUAUGACAUUGUUGGGGGAGACCACCUUGGAUGCCACUUUUCCUCCAUCCUGCAAAGCACCGGAUUGCAAUACAGAGACUUCAUUUAUGUCAGCUUCCACAAUCAGAUAUAUGAGAUCCCCUUUUUUGUGGCUCUGGAUCAUAAGCGGGAGGCCAUUUUAGUGGCUGUCAGAGGAACACUGUCACUGAAGGACGUCCUGACAGACCUUUCGGCUGAAUGUGAGAACCUACCCAUAGACGGCGUGACUGGAGCCUGCUACGCUCACAAGGGCAUCAGCCAGGCUGCAUCUUACAUCUACAAAAAGCUGGUCAACGAUGGAAUCUUGAACCAAGCUUUUACCAUUGCACCAGAGUACAGGCUGGUAAUCACUGGUCACAGUCUGGGUGCAGGUGCAGCAGCAGUGCUAGCCAUUCAGUUGCGCAACUCCUUCCCCACCCUGAAGUGCUAUGCCUUUUCUCCACCAGGGGGACUCCUAAGCAAAGCCUUAACUGAUUACUCCAAGGAUUUUGUGGUCUCAGUCGUUCUGGGUAAAGACCUGGUUCCACGACUCAGUCUUCCCAAUAUGGAGGAUCUAAAGCGAAAAAUUCUCAAGAUAGUCUCACAUUGCAAUAAACCCAAAUAUCGUAUCCUGCUGAAGGGAUGCUGGUAUGAAGUGUUUGGAGGAGACCCGGAUGACUUCCCUUCCGAGAUGGAGAACAGAAGGGAGCAGGAGCUCAGUCAGCCACUGCUUGGCGAGGAAUCACUUUUGAUUCGCCAUUCGUCGUCCUAUCACAGCUUGGCCUCGGACGACUCGCCCGUCCACACUGUGACACACUUACCUCUCUUCCUGCCCGGGCGUGUUCUGCAUAUCCUAGAAGAUGGGCCAACACGCAGAUCCUGUAUAUCCCAGGUUCGAUACCGGGCUGAGUGGUCCAAUGAAAUGGCUUUCCGCAGUAUUUUAAUCAGUCCAAGGAUGCUUUCGGAUCACAUGCCUGACGCUGUACUGCGAGCUCUCAACAGUCUGACCAGCGACAAGCCCUACUCCCUUUGCCCGUCGUCUUCAAACAACAGCCAGCACAACGUUGUCUGAAUGUACCACACACACAUGCACACACACACACGCACACGCACGCACACACAAACACGCAAACUCACAAAAAGGCCUGUCCCUGCUUCCAGACUUGACUGAAUAUUUAACCCCAUUCAUUUUGUAACAAUAUUUUUUAUAUGCUCAUGUUAUUUUUGCCCUAUCAUUCUAUUCAUAGGCCUCUUUUUGGACCCUGUAUACCCUGCUGAACUUUGGAAACUCCAUUGUAGUUGGUGCAACCAACCACAUUGGGUAAAUUUUUUAUGUUGCACUUUUAAUGAUUUGAUUUAGAUUUCCAUGUCUUGUGUUGCUCUGUGAGUCUGACUCGUAAAUGGCAUGUUUUUCAACUGUGCAUCGUGUACAAAUUUGACUGUGUAUUCAUGUAUGUUUGUGUGUAGUGUAUUGCUGCUGGAGGCUGCCCUCCCUCGCCCCCUCUUUGCUAACUUAAAGUGACUUGACUUCCUUGUUGGUAGAGAAUGAUCAUUCAUGGAUGGCAAGGUAAUAGGCGUAUGUUUGAAAAUGUGUCUUUGUACAGAAAUCGUGAUUCGUGCUGUCCUGUUUAAGGUGAACAGUGCCUAAGCAGCGUUAUGGGAUUGUUUCCAAAGACAAAAGGCGAUGUUGGUUCAAAAAGUGAGUUGAGGGACAGACAGGAGGAAUUGUAUUAAAUAGUCUGCAAAACUGA